AUGGACCAGCCCACUAGUGAGCAGCAAAAGAUGCUGUACAUUCUCGUUACAGGAGCGAACAGCGGUCUCGGCUUCUCAAUCUGCUGCCGUCUCGCCGACGAAUUCCUCUCUACGCACCCCGAAUCCGAAUCCCUCACCAUAAUCUUUACAACCCGAAGCGCGCGCAAAGCCCAAGACACAUCCCGCGGGCUCAAAGCUCACUUGCGCGAAACCUCCCCCUCCGCUAGCGCCCGCGUCCACUUCGUCCCCGAGAGCGUCGACCUCGGCGACCUCGUGUCUGUCCGCGCCCUCUCCCGAAAACUUGUCCACUCCCUCCCCAGACUCGACGCCAUCGUCCUGAAUGCCGGCAUAGGUGGCUGGUCUGGCAUCCACUGGCCCAAGGCCAUCUGGGGCGUAUGCACCGAUCUCAUUCACCAGGUCACCUGGCCAUGCUAUAAGCUUGCGCCGACUGGCGUGUUAACACCCAAACAAACAGCCGUUGACGAGCCUGCACUUGGCUCUGUCUUCUGCGCCAAUGUCUUCGGUCAUUAUAUGCUGGCGCAUAAUGUGACGCCACUCCUGAAGCGCGCGCACUUGAACGGGCCCGGACGUGUGGUUUGGGUUUCUAGUAUCGAGGCUACUUGGAAGUUCUUCAAGGUCGAUGAUAUUCAGGGUUUGCGCACGGAUGCUCCCUACGAGUCCUCGAAGGCUCUUACUGAUAUCCUCGCUUUGACGUCUAAUUUGCCGUCUACGGCGCCUUGGUCGGUUGAUAGCUUCUUGGAGUCUGAUGCAGAGCUCAAUACUCAUGCGAUUCAUACCGAUGCUCCUGAUGCAUCGCCUCGGUCUUAUCUCUCGCAUCCUGGUAUCUGUGCUACAUCGAUCGUUCCUUUGAUUCUUCCUCUGGCGUGGGCUAUGGUUGCUUCGUUCUGGGUUGCUCGGAUGCUGGGCUCGCCUUGGCAUCCUUUGUCUACCUACCUCGGUGCUUGUGCACCCGUGUUCCUCGCACUAGCAUCCCAAGCUAAAGUCGAAGCUGCCGAAGAGCCUUACCACCAGGCUGGUGGUGGGCGAGUGAAGUGGGGCUCGUCGUGCUCCCGACUCGGAGUUGAGAGUCCAGCGUGCACGGAAGUUGAUGGAUGGGGGUAUGGUGGUGUUGUUGGAACGCCAGUUGUGGAGGCUGAUCGGCUUCGACGUCGUAAGCGCGGCGCAGAGCAGCUGACCAAGGAGCAAAAGGAAGAGUUUGAAGAGCUCGGCCGUCAAUGUUGGAAACAGAUGGAGGAGCUGCGGGUCCAAUGGGAUGAGAUCUUGGACCGGGCUGAAGCUCGGUCCUGA